AUGGGAAGAUCUCCUUGUUGUGAUAAGAUUAAUGUGAAAAAAGGGCCAUGGUCACCUGAAGAAGAUGCUAAGCUUAAAGAAUUCAUUGAAAAAUAUGGUACAGGUGGAAAUUGGAUUGCUCUUCCUCAAAAAGUUGGACUAAAGAGAUGUGGAAAGAGCUGUAGAUUGAGAUGGCUAAACUAUCUAAAGCCAAAUAUAAGAUAUGGUAAUUUUUCUGAAGAGGAAGAUAGGGUUAUAUGCAGUUUAUAUGCCAGAAUUGGAAGCACGUUACAAAAUAAGAGCAGCAGCAAGAAUAUUGAAGGCGAGAUGAAGAGCGAAGAACAGCACAAGGAGAAGAGGGAAGGAGGAAAGAAUGAACAGAACAACCGAAAUGUGGUUUUGAAAGUGGAGUUCCAUUGCGAAGGUUGCGUCCGUAAGAUUCUCAAAGUCGUUCGAAGCUUCGAAGGCGUGGAGAAGGUGAUCUCUGAUAGCGAAACCAAUAAGGUGACGGCAAUCGGAGAAGUGGAUGCGUUGAAGCUAAAGGAGAAGGUGGAGCGAAAGAUGAACAGGGCUGUACAACUUAUCUCUCCUUUACCAAAGGAUUGUAAGAAAGAGAAGAAGCAGAAUGAAAAUGAACCAAAGAGUACCAAAGGAGACGACAAGAAAACCAAAGAGAAAGAGCCUCCGGUAACCACUGUGAUACUGAAAUUGCAUCUACAUUGCGAAGGAUGCAUCCAGAAGAUUCAAAAAACUAUCACUAAGAACAAAGGUUACAAGGAGAUGAAAAUUGAUCAGGAAAAGGAAUUGGUGACAGUGACUGGUUCAAUGGACAUGAAGGAACUGGUGGAGGUACUGAAGAAGCAGCUGAAGAAAGAUGUCCAAAUUGUCCCGCCAAAGAAGGAAGGGGGAGAGAAGAAAGAAGGCGGGGGCGGAGGUGGAGGGAAGGGCAACGAAAAAGGGAAGGAUGGGCAAGGCGGCGGCGAGAAGAAGGAACAAUAUGAGUAUCCGGAGCUGGAUGCAACUGCAUUUCAUGCUACUCAGCUUUUCAGUGAUGAAAAUGCCAAUGCUUGCAGUAUUAUGUGAUGUUUAGAAAAAUGUAGAUGAAAAUUUGUAAAUAAAAAAUAGGAAGAUUGGAUAUCAUUAUUGUUG